GCGGCCUGCUUCCUUUUCCUGCUGCCGCGUGAGGCCUUUUUCACCCUGAGAUCGCAGGGCGCCACGGAGACACCACGGCCCAGGUUCUCUAUGUCGAGGCCGCACUAACGGAGACUGGCCGUUUGCUUCGUUCGCUCGGAGGUGCCGUCUAGUCAGACGGCCUCGGUGCUCGUGACGAGAAAGGUAGUAUUUCUUAAGCAGAAAUGAAGAAUAAAAAACAAUCUUUUCAAAAUGCAGACGAUGACAAACAUCAGGCUGCAAAAGAUGAGGAGAAUGAAGAAAACUGUUCUUGCUCCUCUGACUUUUUAUCUGAUGAAGAUGAUCGCUGCCCAAUCUGUCUAAAUUGCUUGGCAGAGCAGGAAGUUGGCUUUCCUGAAAAUUGCAACCACAUCUUCUGCAUGGCCUGCAUUCUUAAAUGGGCUGAAACAAGAGCUUCGUGUCCAGUGGACCGCAAACAGUUCAAGGCUGUGUAUAAACUAAAUACUUCAGAAGAUUCUGUAAAGGUUCAAAUAAAACAACGAAUAAGCAAAAAAGAUGACAUCAUCAGUUGUAAUAAGGGCAAGAAUUGCCCUAUAACUAUGAAAACUUGCAAAAGAAAACAGGAAAAUGCUGGCAUAAGUUUUUUACCAGUAAUCUAUAAAAGCUGGAAUCCAAAAUACAAUCCUGCAAACAAGGAAGAAGUUACAAAUUCAGUGAAGAAAAAUAAGCCUAGAAGACAGACCUGCUUGAACAGAUUCUUCAAAAGUAAUUGGUGUGAUAGAUUUUCUUCUAAUAGUAGUUUCUCUGAUGUAUCUACUAAUUAUCAAAGUGAAAGUAUAGAGAUCAGCAAAAUUGACACAAUUAUCAGACACAAGAGAAGAGAAUUGGAGCUGUCUUGUUCUGUAUUAGCAAGAGUGGCAAGAAUUCCUUCCAUAUCUUCUGAAGCAGAAAUAGCACCUUGUCUUGUACUGGAAACAGUUUUUUCAAUAAGUACUUCACCUUUGGAAAACUUUGGAUCUUCUAAAUCAGGACAUGUUGUUACAUGUGUCCAUGAAGGAGAAGAAAAAAAACAGACUUCCAAUACUACUGGCACAAGAGGAACAAAAAGGAAGGUUUCAGAUACUACUCCCAGAAGACGAUCUACCCGAAAUAUUAAAACAGAAACUUCAUAUCAGUGUCAGAGUUCACCAAAAUCCAGCAACACUGGAUAUGAGACCGGUGGUGGUGGUAGCUCAUUUGUUUCUUUUACAGAAUUGGAGAAAUUAACCUCCAAACAGAAAGCUAAAAGAAAUGUUAAACAGCAAGAACCUUUGGCUAAAAAGAAACUAAGAAGUUCUGGGAGUUAUGGAAAAGCAUCUAGUAAUAUAGAUUUUGAUGAACCUGAUGAUACAGAGAUAACCUUGCUAUUAGACAAAGGCAAUUUAGCAGACAGUGAAAAUAGCACCUCUGACCUUACUCAUAAAAAUGAUGUUGACACUGAAUCUUCUAAUGGCUUAGAAAACUCUCUAGCAUAUAAGAAGGAAUGCUGCUAUGAAGGGCAAGAUACGUUGGAUAUCUUAGAAACUGGUUCCUAUGUUCAAGAUCCUCCACUUGCCUUAGAAAAAGCUGCUGGUUCUUGUGUUGAGGAUCUUCCUUUGCUCCCUCUAGAGGGAAACACUGAAAAAUGUGAAGAGAAAGUUGACACUGAAACUGAAAACAAGUUAUAUUAUAAAAAUACUGCUGAGCAAGAUCAGGAUUUAAAUAUUUCUGGGAAACAAUUAUGUGAUGAUAAUAUUACAUUUACUCAUCAGUCUCCAGAACUAGGUAUCCCCACCAUUGAAUUGCCAGCAAAAUUGGAUCCUCUGAUAGUAACACAUCAAAUAGUAGAAAAUCCUGGGAAAGAAUUAGGGAGAACAGAAUGCAUGUUAAUAGUAGAUGAUAUUUCAGCUGUUUCUAGACAUGAGUUGCUAGGAGGAACAGAAUCUGUUCCAGUAGCAGAUAAUUUAUUGGCUGGUACUAGAAAUGAGUUCCAGGAAAAACUGGAAUCUGAAGCAUUAGCAAAUAAACUAGUGUCUUGUCAUAGAAAUGAAUUAAGAAAACCAGAAUCUUCAGCAAUAGAUGGAAUAUUGGAGAAACCCAUAACUGAAUUUGCAGAAGAAAUAGUCAAGGAGCCGCUAGAUAAUAUCUCAAGUGAAGUACCAUUGUAUUCUUUAGGUAUGCAAGAUGUUGAAAUUGAAAAAAAAGAAUCAAAUGUAUAUAUAACUAAUGAAUAUCUAAAUAAUAAUGACUUAAUAAAUGUUUCCUCAGAAAAUAAACUUAAUCUGUCUUUUGAAAAUGAUAAAGCAGAAACUGAAACUAAUACAUCACCCAAGAUAUGUACUGAAAGUAUUAAACACUUUAACAAAGAUGACAGUGAGAUAGUAUCUAUAGAAUACGACUCAUUUAAUAGUAAUCAGAAUGCAUCUCAGCUUGACCAACUAUUAGCAAAUGACAAUGUAGAGCAGAAAGCAAAUUUCUUACAAAAUGAUAGUAAACAUUCUGUAUCAUUUUCAAAUUCCGGUAAGAAAGAAGCAAAAGAAAGUUUCACAGAUAAAAAGACACGAACCCGAAGAUCACGAUUUCAUUCUCCAUCAACCACUUGGUCCCCAUCCAAGCAAGAGGGGAAAAGAUCUCAAUCUCCAUCCCCCAACAGGGAAAUUGUGGGGGAAGAUAGAAUCUCUCGAUCUCCCAAAAGGGAUAUUUCCAAAGAAAGUCAGAGAUUUUUAUCCAAAUCUCCUAAAAGAAAUCCUGUAACAUCUCCGUCCAGUUCUCCCAGAACAGAUAGCCUGAAAGAAGAGAAACAGUCACUGCUGAGUUCUCCCAGAAAAGAUCAUUUAAGAGAACAAAGGGAUUCUCCAACCAUCUCUCCAAAAAAGGAUUAUAUCAAAGAUGGAGUAAGAUCUUCUCGGACACAAGCUAAGGAAUCGCCUCCAUGGCACAAAUGUAGGUCUCCCAAUAGGGACAGAGCUAAUGAUAAAAAUGAAUUUAAAAGAGAUAAUGAAAGAGGGAGAAGUAGGAGGAGAUGGUCACAGUCGCGAUCAAGAUCUCGAUCCAGGUCCAGAUCUAGGCCAAGAAGUAAAGGGCCUUCAUUCCCUAGAAAUGAGAGGGAUGGCUAUUCACCACCUCGAUGGAAGGAACGAUGGACAAAUGAUAAUUGGAGAAGUCCCAGAGGAAGUGAUAGAUACAAAAGAAAUGAACAGCAGAAACAAACAGAGUGUAUGAAAAGUGAAAGAGAUAGUGUAAAUAAAGAUGCAGAUAUGCAGAGUUCUACCAAUCAGUACAGAAAGGAUUAUCCAGACUGGGUGAUGGAAAGAAUAAAUUCAGUUCCAGAAACACGGAAUAGAGAAAGAGAGAAUUUUAAUAAUCAGCAACGGGAAGAAAAUAGGCACAAUGAUUCAGGGGCUUUGUGGAGUGGAAAUUAUGGCUCAAGUUGGAAUUCAAAUCGUGGCAGAGGCAAUCGUGGCAGAGGCAGCUGUGGUAGAGGUGGUUUCACAUAUGGAGAGCAGGCUGAAAGUCGCUGGCAAAAUAGGAAAGCCCACUCAAGUAAUGCAAAUAGUUCUGGUAAUGAAACUUCUAGAUUUCCAGAACAUCAUCCAUUUAAACGUAAAGCAGAACAAGAUUUCACUUUUGAUACACCUGCUGAUAGAUCUGGGUGGACAUCUGCAUCAAGCUGGGCUGUAAGAAAGACUUUACCAGCUGAUGUACAGAAUUAUUAUUCAAGAAGAGGUAAAAAUUCUUCAAGCCCACAGUCUAUAUGGACAAAAGAAGAAGUAGCAUCUGAGCAAGAUCCAAAUUUCAAAGAACAAAUCAGCCAACAAAGUGAUGCUUCUCAGCUACCAGUAAAUGUGUUGCAAUCUCAGAUGAAUGUAAUGACAUCAGUAAACACACAGCAUCAACCGAUGAGUAUCUUCCCGUAUACAAUGGGUGUUCCUACUCCUAUUAUGAACAUUCAACACAAUCCAUUUAACCUUCCUCCACCAGUGCCCAUGCACCUUCAUUCAGGACUGCCUCUUGUCCAGGUAGCAGCUUCAUCCAGUAUGUCUCAGGGACCACCACCACCACCACCACCACCACCUCCAUCCCAGCAAAUUAACUUUAUUGCUUCCCAACUUGAUGGACAGCUGUUGCAGGCUGCUCCAACUACUUCCCAUGUUGCUAACAGUGUGAAUACAACACACUUGUCUGCUCCAACAGCAGCUCUGGGAACUGUGGAAUCUAUCCAGGGAUCGAGUUUGGGUAACACAGCAUCAUCAAAUAACAUCAAAUCCUCAAAUGCUGCUGUAAAAUCGAUGGAAAAGAAAGCAAAUGUCACAGUGGAAGCCAGCGCAGAUAGUUCCAAAAAAGACCAGAAAUUAUUAAUUCAAGAAAAAGCUGCACAAGAAGUAAAACUUGCUAUUAAGCCUUUCUAUCAAAAUAAAGAUAUUUCUAAAGAAGAGUAUAAAGAAAUAGUUAGAAAAGCAGUUGAUAAGGUUUGCCAUAGCAAAAGUGGGGAAGUUAAUUCUGCAAAAGUAGCAAAUCUGGUAAAAGCUUAUGUGGACAAAUACAAACAUUCGCGAAAGAAAAAUCCAGAUGAAACUGUUUCUGUGGAAAGAAAAUAAAUCCAGAAUGAAAAAAAAUGCCAUCACGAUGACUGCAAAGUGCAAUUUUGACUUGGACUUUUAAUUAGAAAUAGUGGCUGAAAUCUGAUUUUGAUAAGAUUAUUUUUCAAUAUAGUGUAUAAUGUUUUCUUAUAAAUAAAUAUAGAUUAAUGCUUAAACUUUAUCCUUUUGCAAACAGCUAUGUAAAAAGAAAAUAAAAGGAAUAAAAGACACCACCCACCAUUCCCAAUUAGUUUGUUGAAUGCCACGUACAGUAUUUUUGAUUCACACAAUCUGUCAGAAUUUUGGGCAGGAUAAUAAAAUAAUGAGUCAGAGAAAAGACUGGAGUAGAUUUUUCUUUGAUUUUCUUGCCACUCUUUUAAACCAUAGUAAAUGAUUUUAAAAUGUCUCACUUCAUAGGCUCAGUGUAUGUGUGUGUUGUCUUUUCAUUUCUCCUCUUGAGGAUUUGCUAGUGUUAAAUCCCAAUAUAGUUCUGAAAGGCAUAGUGUAGAUUUUCAUCUAGCACUUCACCUUUGAAGAACCAACCUGUUAAUAUAUUACACAAAAGUAUUUUGCAUUACAUUUAACUUUGGGUUAUUCCUUGCCUAAUUUAAUUUGUGUUUAAUAUGUUUCAAUACAGCAUACUUCUAAUCUUCCAACCAUUUGAAAUGUCUGAGGGAAUAUAAGAGGUGGAUUGUGUAAGCAACAAUCUUAGUCAAGUUACUAUGACAAAGUAUUGACAUUGAUUUUAAAGCAAGCAGUUGUCUGAGGCCUGUGAAAUAAAAGAAUAUUCUAGCAAGGAUUAUACUAUGAUGAAGGCAGCAUGCCAAAUUCAUAACACCAUGUCAUUAUGACCUUGUACUAGUUUAUUACAUGAAGUCCAAGCGGAGAAUGUUAUACUGAUCUUAAAUGUAUAUGUAGCGGGUGGUGAGGAAGGUUGCUACCUAAAAGUAAUUCAUUAAGCAUAUUGCAGCUAUAUUUCAGUCUCUUGCUAUCAGCUGUUUUUUUUUUUCAUAAAUGAAGAGCUAAGGAAAUAACAGGCAUUGAUUAUUCCUUGCAACAAAAUGUAACCCUCAUGCAGUAAUUGCCUUGCAUUUCAUUGCAGGUGUUGUACUUGGAAUCUAGGUCAAUUAAAGGUGUAACUGGGAGAGGCAAACUAAUUAAACAUGUCUUCUUGAGAGCACUUGUAUUUCUGGCAGGCUCCACAGAAAGGCCCAAGACAAAGGGAUCACCCAGGAAGUUAAAGCAGACCACUAUCACAGUUAUUAAUUCACAUUCUAUUUCAGACUCAAUAUAGACUCUUUGUCUAUAUUGUUUGUAUAACUAAAGAUAAUAUUUAUCUUAUAGAGUCUUUAGUGUGGAUAUUGUUUUUAUUUACAGUCAAGUGCUAUGCUUAGUCUUCUGAAGAGAGUUUUUGUUAGAAUAGCAUAUAUGCUAAUUUUCAAUAUAAACUGGCUGCUGACACUUUAAGUUUGUAGAAUGCAAUUUUGUUUAAACUCAUAAUUUGCAUUUUAUAAUUAAGUGUAUUUCUCAACCAUUUAAGAUGGGAUGGGAAUUCAUAAGUAUACUAUGUGUUGGUUUGGUGCAUCUGUGUUAUUUUCUCAGUGUUUCUAAAUUUAGGUCUAUUUUAGAAGUUCAUGAAAUUUCUCUGAUUUACAUGCUCAUUAUUAAUUUUUCUUUUCUCUUUGCUGAGUAUAUCUCUUUUGUCUGCAUAAGAUUUCAUAUUCACAAAUCAGACUUUAAAAAUCUAUGUUUGACCAUGGAGUUAGUUUACUUCUUGAUGCAAAACUAAUUUAGGGACCCAGUACAGUGCUGAAAAGGAGAAAGUCGAUUCCUGUUGAGAUUGAGACAAUCUUCAUAAUUAUUAUUGGUGAGAUGAUGGAUUAGGAAGUUUGCUUAAUAUCUUAGUCCCAUAUCUCUCCAGUAUAGUAGCAGCAGAUUGCAAACUUUCACUGCAUUUCCAAACUGAAUGAAAGGGGAUAUUGACUAGCACGCUAUUGGCCUACUUCCUUAAGUAUUUUUAAAAGACAUUCCCUAAUAUGCAGCCUUUUAAAUGAUGGUUCAGGCACACAUCACUGAACUGAAAGAUAUUUGUUUGCUUUAUGUGACAAGCACUUCAACUAACAGUGAAUGGAGGUACUGUGUAAUUGUUAGUUCAAGUCACAUCUGUUUCUGAAUUAAACACUGCAAGCAUAAGUCGGCAUGCUUUGCUUGAAGUAUUUCUGGGGCUGGUCACUUAGGGUAGAGUGAUUGCAUCCAACAUUUUUUCCUUUUCUGGUCACUUUGUCAGUACUGAAAUGCUGAAUCUUGCUGGACCCCUUUAUGAAGUAUGUAUAUGAUUAAAUUUGGCCAAUCUAUACUAUUUUUUAAUUAAAACAACAACACGAGCCUUAUCACAAAUAUAUGUGGAAAGCUUGUAACCAAGUUUAGGAACAUUUCUUCAUUAUAAGAUUGCAUUCUUACCAACAAAGAUUAAUUCAUUAGGGCAUCUGGAAUUGACAGGAUUAGUCAGAAUAGCCAAGUUAUUUUUGUAUUCCUGUGUUUAUUGACUGAAAUAUUUAUUUCUUAGUAGUACAUUGCAAGAAUUUCAGUAAUAACAUCCAACUGCUUUAAAUUGCUAUGAAAAAAUGAUAAUUGAUAUUUCUUGAAAUGGUGCACUGAGCACUCAUUCCAGUCUUUUGGUGUGCAUGUGGCUUAAAUGUGUUAUCAUUUUAAAUAUAGGAAAAUUAAAAUCAGGAUCACAGUGGCUAAUAUCCAGACUCUGGUGUCUGUAGCAUAGGGCUGGAAUAAAAUAUACUGAAAACAAUAUUCUAAAGAGUUUUAUGUAGUUCAGAAUAUUUUCUAAUAAAUUCUUUUGACUAA